AUGAAGUCAUCGAGAGGACCAUCCAUUAUUUUCCCUGUUGCUAAUGCGACUGCAGUGGUCGGCAAAGACGAAGGCGACGUCGAACCGUCCUUGGUGUCCCAGGGACACCGCACUAGCUGCGGAAAAGUCACUGAUGGCUCUCCGGGCCGGCAGUCUAUCGGCGGAGAUGGGCAAGAGAUGGCUUUUGACGGGCAAUAUUUCCAUGCUACAGCACCCAAGACUUGUUCCCCUGCUUCUGCUGGCCGUGCCGUCGCGCAAACCCUUUCGCAGCAAGGGUUGGUUUCAUCCGGUUUCGACAAUGUCAAUGGUGCACUCAAGAUUGUUACCGCUGCUGGUGCUGCUGCUCCUGGGGCAAAGGAAAUGGGGCAAGAUCAGCCCGCAGGGUGGUACGGACCUACUGCUUCUACCGCUACACAAUCGUCCCUAGUGUGCCACGGUAACAAUCGCGAGAAGCAACCCACAUCGUCCUGUAUGAAUCGUGCGGUGCGAGAUAACUGGGGCACGGUGUUCGUGGUAGGAGGCGGCCGACGGAGGCGGAGGACCGUUGUUCGACAACGGUCGGUUGAGGUAGAAGAAACCCCUGCAGCAAGAAGAGCCCAAGUCGAGAAGGAGAGACAAGAGCGAAGGAAGGCAUCCCUGCGCCGCCUGAUGGCGAGGAAGGAGCAGCGAGCCUUACAACAGCAAAGCAAGAUGGCCAUAGCGUUAAACAACCGCCGCGGAGAAGGAAAAAGCCCUCCAAAGCACCCGAACGCGGAGGCGGCCAUCCCGGUACCCUUGUUUUCGCUCGAAAGUGGUAUGAGUGUAGACGCCGAUCCCGUGAUGAAUGACGACAAUAUGGUAGACAUGGACACGGAAAAGGCAGGGACGAUGGGUCCUGGACCCGAUGAAUGGGAGGAAGUGGGUGGCCAACGGUAUGGUCCAAUAGACGACGAUUGUGAUUCUGACAACACCGAAGGUUCCGGUGCUACACUCGAGCUACAGGGUCCUCUACACGUCCAACCUCUUGCCGAAACCCGUCAGGCGGAGCAUAGAUCUGCUAUAAGAAGCACAAGCUGCGGGGCUCUUGGCACGGUAACGCCACAGCUGCCCAACUGCGAUGCUGAUGAAACAAAGCAAGGACGAAACCCCGGGUUGAUUGCUUCGGCAAACGGCAUUGUUUCCGUUUCUGAUGUUGAUCUCGCCGGACCGAGAAGGCCGACUGGACUGUCCCCCUCUGCACCCACGUCGGCUUCCCCUCGAUUAUCGGUGCCAUUGCUUUCGAUGGAUCUCUGCAGUCCUUCCGAUGGCGGGACAGGGAAUGGUUGUGCAGUUGUUGGUGUCGAGCCCUUACUACCAGAACCGCCGGCACCGAGAAUGUACCAACCCGAAGGUCGCAACCAGGCAGCCGCCGGUCGCAAGGAGGGUACCGGCGACAAUUGGAAAGCGCCCAUCAACUCGAAAUCGCAGGAGUGUCGCGAUGUGUCGAAACAAUCGUACAGCGCUGGCGACGCCAUCGUAGACAACACAUCCGCGAGAUUUACGGUUGAGCCGCCCGAUGCGUUUACGGCUGUUCCUCAAGGGCGUCGUCCACGAAGAAGUGGAUCGUUGACAACACCGCCGGUGAUGGGCACCGGUGAUGAUGGUUCGAAAGCGACGUGUCUUCAAGCUGAAGUUCCCGAAACCCCCGGUGGUGCAGCGGGCGGUGAUGUUGCCGGUCACUUCGAACCGGUGGAGAAAGUACCCAGCAGCAAUACGUUGGCAACGUACACGGAUUGCUUUCCACGUUUUGCGGCCAUCUUGUCGGCGCACCACAAUGGACGGGCACUCACAAGGCAAGCGGACUGCCGUAGCCUACCACUGACGUCUAAGAUCUUGUCCAGGGGAAGGGCGGGUGCCGGUGGGUCGGCGGCUAAUCGAAGAGGGAUAAAGGGGCUAGGACUUACGGGAGCGGAGGAGGAAGCAUGCUUCCACUGGCAGUGGAAGCUCUACGCCAUACACGUGCGGGUCAUCAAGGACUACGCAGCGGUAUUUUCCUAUGGAGACGGAUGGUCAGGAAACGGCACAUCAGAUGACUCCAACUCCCUUGUCUACAGUGGUGACUCGUCGGCGCUUCACUACCGAGUCAAUUCGAAGGCCAGGCCGGAGGUGUACAACAUCGUCACGGACGUCCUGAACAACAGGUGCCAGCAAUGGGAAGAAUUGCCGACGGGGUUGGGUCUGAAAACGACAUGGAAUCUCCUCUGGACAUGGUCAAAGCCCCACAUUCAGUACAGCAGCCUAUUGACGUGGCAAAAGGUGAACCAUUUUCCCAACUCGCGGGAGCUGACAAGAAAAGACCUCCUAAACAAGCACGUGUCCAGGUUCAUGGCCCCCGGCGGACGCCUUGCCAAGGAGUUCCACAUCAUGCCUCAGACGUUCGUCCUGCCUCACGAGUUUACGCUCUUCGUCUCAGCCUUUACGUCUUCGUCAGGCACACGGGAAAACCUGUGGAUCAUGAAGCCGGUUGGGAUGUCACGAGGGAGAGGGAUACGGCUCAUCGAUGACAUCAAGGACAUCUGCUACGCGGACAAGGUGGUGUUGCAAAGGUACAUCGGGAACCCUUUGCUGCUGGACGGCUACAAGUUUGACCUCAGACUCUACGUUCUUGUCACCUCAUUCAACAAAUUGGAGGCUUUCAUCUAUAAGGAGGGUUUUGCUCGGUUAAGCACCCACCGGUACGAGAAGGGUGCCAUCGACAACCGCUUCAUACAUCUCACCAACAGCAGCAUCCAACGCCUGAACGAGGCAGGAGCUGCGCGAGACAGCCCUCUCAACCAGGCCAAGACCUCGGAAGCCGGUGGCACGAAGACGACUCUUUCUUACCUCUGGAGAAGGCUGGCCGCCUCGGGAGUAGACGUCGGCGCGCUGUGGGCCGAGAUCUGUUCCGUGGUAGUUAAAAGCCUGGUCUGUGUGGAAAGCUCCAUACCGAACCAACCAAACAGUUUCGAGCUUUUCGGGUACGAUGUUCUCAUCGACGACAGGCUAAGACCUUGGCUGAUCGAGGUCAACGCGUCUCCGUCAAUGGCGCGCGAUACGCACGUUGAUCGCCAGAAGCUGGUGGACAUCCUGGGUAGGCGCCUGAAGGAAACCGAACACUCGAAGACGCGGGCAUUUAAGCAGCGACACUACCCUCACCAUCAUCAGCAAGCUUUCGACACGACGGAGGUGCAAGGGGAUGCACGGGCAGGGGACAACGUUUACCCAUCCCCUUCCGCGAAGGCGUCGGCGAGUAGGGAGCAUCAGCGCCCACGGCGUACCAGGGGGGAAGCAGACCUGGAGAGCGACCUCGAUCAAAUCCUCCGCGGCAGAAGGCCCCGCCAAGUCGGGGAGUUGCCUGCCCGAAUGGGAAAUUUCGUGAGGCUCUGCCCCGGGACUGCCGCUCACCGGCGCGCCCGACGCUUGAGGAGGAAGGUCAUCCGGCCACAGCCGGGAGAUGAUGACGACCCGACCGGUAGUAAACGGUAG